UGUAAACAGAGCAUCAUGGUAGAAAGAAGAACGCACGCUAACGCUUGGGUCCACUUCACUAAAUGUGAUGGGUACCCAUCCCUAUCCAUUAUAUGGAACUGGUUUGGUUUUUCACCAGAUGACAAAGAGCAGCGAAACGUCAUUUGCAAAGUUUGCAAGGAGAGCGUCAAGGCAAGUGAUGGCAACACCACAAACUUGUUUAAUCACUUGAAAAGAAGGCAUCCCAAACAAUACAAUGAGAGCCAGCUGGCAGCUAAAGCUAAAAAGCCUGCGGCUGCAGCGGCUAGUGCUUCUUCCAGGCAGCAAACACUAACAGAAACACUCACAAAACUCACUCCCUACGACAGAGACAGCAGACGAUGGAACAGCGUGACAGAUGCAGUGACGUACCACUUGGUUAAAGAUUUGUGUCCCGUGCGAACAGUAGGAGUGGGAUUUAAGAAAAUGAUAAAAACAUUUGAUCCGCGCUACAAGUUUUCCAGCCGCAAGUAUUUUUCGAACACCGCCAUUCCACGCAUGUACGCUGAAUGCAAAGUGAGAGUUGCAGAAAAUAUUCAGAAUGCGCAGUUAUUUGCUACCACAAGCGAUCUCUGGUCCAGCUGCACAUCAGAGCCGUAUUUGAGCUUAACUAUCCACUACAUGAGCAACUGGGAGCUGCGUAGUAUUUUGAACAAGUUAAUGUUUGCACAAUACGUUUGCAAUUGACAUGUUUGCACUUUAAAUAUGUUUACGAUUUAAAUUUAUGUUAAGUUACUUGAAAAAUGAGAAAAACUGAUUUUUGUAAUUGUUUCUCUCAGGGCUUUUAUCAUCUCUGGUGUGAGUUUAAAAUAUAAGUGUGUUAGCACUGUGCUGAUUAUCCCUAAUAUGAAUAAAUGUUUAUUUAUUCAAUGUUUCUCUUCUUUAAUACGCAAUUGAAGUGAUGCUAUU